AUGUCUUUGCCGGGUAGCAGGCGGUCUAUUGUUGGGCCUGCAUGUCUGAGACUUGUGCUGCUGGGGUUUUUCUGGGUGGCGGCGUGCGGGCAGCUCUCCUACUCCGUUUUAGAAGAAGUAGACCCGGGGACCGCGGUUGGAAACAUCGCCAAGGAUUUAAACAUAAAUAUUCCCGAUUUGGAGUCCCGCAGUUUUCAGAUUGUGACCGGAUCAAAGGGGAAGUAUUUCGAGGUAAAUUUGAAGACUGGCGUGCUCUACGUCAGCGAGAGAAUAGACAGAGAGGAGCUGUGCGCGGAGGAACCCAAAUGCACGGUGAGCGUAGAGGCUGUGAUGAGCAGCCCUUUAACGCUGUACCGCGUGGAAAUCGACGUCCGAGACGUAAAUGACAACGCUCCGUCUUUUAACACAAAGCUGCAGAUUUUGGACAUCGCGGAAAACACGUCACCGGGGUUCAAAUUUGCGCUCUCGGAGGCAAAGGAUACGGAUAUCGGCAGGAACGGCGUUAGUAUUUACAAGCUUAGUCCCAACGAGUACUUCUCUCUUGCCACACACAAAGGAGCGGAGAGCGUCUCCGCUGAGCUAGUGCUACAGAAAGCCCUGGACCGCGAGAGGAAGCCCAAAAUACAACUUAUUUUAUCGGCGGUAGAUGGGGGAAAUCCACCAAAAUCAGGUACAUCGGAAAUCGAAAUCAAUGUGUUGGACAGUAAUGAUAACGCCCCUGUAUUCAGCAAUACUUUAUAUAAGGUUAAAAUAUUUGAAAACGUUCCUGUUGGGACGGCGGUCAUCACUUUAAAUGCGACUGAUGCUGACGAAGGCACGAACAGUGAAAUAGUAUAUUCCCUGCGUAGCAAAGAUCAAGAUCAUAUUCUGGAUGUUUUUGCAAUUGAUCCUGAAACGGGCGUCAUAUCUAUCAAAGGAAGGAUUGACUUCGAAGACAGGAGAGUUUUUGAGAUCCGUGCAGAGGCUAGAGACAAAGGCCAGCCCCCAUUGACAGCCCAUUGUAAAGUGCUGGUAGAAGUGUUGGACCUCAACGACAAUGCUCCUGAAAUCACAGUGACGUCACUGCUACGCACGGCGAAUGAGGACGCUAAAGGGGGCACUGCUAUUGCACUCGUGUCAGUUAUCGAUAGAGAUGGUGGCAAAAACGGUGAGGUAAGCUGUCAUUUAGCAAAAGGUGUUCCUUUCAGACUGGAAACCAACUACAAACAGUAUUACUCACUGGUUGUUGAUGGACCUCUUGAUAGAGAGAAAGCCUCUGAAUAUAACGUCACCAUCAUAGCGACAGAUGAAGGAAACCCACCUCUCUCCAGCAGGAGCAUCAUAUCUGUGCGCAUUUCUGAUGUCAACGACAACGCCCCUAGAUUCUCGGAGUCUGCCAUUAAUGUUUAUGUGAAAGAAAAUAGUGCAGUUGGAGCAGUUAUUAAAACAGUUUCUGCAGUUGACAUUGACACUGACCGAAAUGGUCACGUGAGAUAUUCAUUAUUUGACAAAAACAGUAACACAUUGUCUACGAUGAUAAACAUCAACUCAGAGACAGGAGAUAUAGUCAGCCUGCAGUCUUUUAACUAUGAGGAGAUGAAAACGUUCCAGUUUAAAGUUCAGGCCACAGACUCUGGUGCUCCUCCACUCAGCAGUAAUGUGACUGUGAACGUGUUUAUCCUGGAUGAGAAUGACAACAGUCCCGGGAUUCUCGCUCCCUAUUCUGAACACGGCUCCGUUAACAGUGAGAACGUCCCCUAUUCUGCUGAAGCGGGUUACUUUGUGGCCAAGAUCAGGGCUGUAGACGCAGACUCUGGAUAUAAUGCUCUGCUUUCUUAUCACAUCUCGGAGCCCAAGGGGAACAACCUGUUCCGAAUCGGAACCAGCACCGGGGAAAUCCGGACUAAGAGGCGAAUGAGUGACAAUGACCUGAAAACGCACCCGUUGGUGGUGUUGGUUUCUGAUAACGGAGAGCCCUCCCUGUCAGCUACUGUGUCUAUUGAUGUGGUGGUGGUUGAAAGCACAGGUGACAUGCAGACUCCGUUCAGACACGUACCCAUAAAGGAGGAGAGCUUCUCUGAUCUAAACUUGUAUUUGCUGAUCUCCAUCGUGUCAGUGUCAGUGGUGUUUCUACUGAGCCUCAUCAGUUUAAUAGCGGUGAAAUGCCACAGGACAGACGGCAGUUUCAGCAGGUACAGCGCCCCAAUGAUCACCAGCCACCCUGACGGGAGCUGGUCUUACUCUAAAGCUACUCAGCAGUAUGACGUGUGUUUCAGCUCAGACACGCUGAAGAGUGACGUAGUAGUUUUCCCUGCGCCGUUUCCGCCUGCUGAUGCGGAGCUGAUCAGUAUUAAUGGAGGAGACACUUUUAACAGGACUCAGACUUUACCCACCAAAGACAAGGUAAGGAUUUGUAAUAUCUAG